GAGUCGCGGCGCAAAUGUUCUCGGCGCAAAAGUCACGGAACCAUGUAAGAAACCCCUAAUGAUAUCUAGAUAAAGAAAUUUCAAAGAUCCUGGUGUAUUUUUAAAUUUAUUCUCCGCCGGACAGUAACCAUGGUCGUCCGGUUCUCUUACCAUAUUUAAUUAACCGUUAAUAAUUUUUAAUGUUUUUUUUCAAUUUAAAAAAAGGCGGAAGAUGAACAUCUACAAUUACAACAACAACAAGGACGUAUUAUCCCCUCUUCAACUUCAUCCUCACGCUUGUCAUCGACUCCAGCGCCACCCGAUGCCCAACAACAAAGCAGAGCACCCUCUACAGUCACAACAGAUUAUCAACAACAAAAUGAAUCUUCUAAAAGGGUUGAUGGAAGUGAAAUAGAUGGAGGGGGAGGAGAUACUGCUCAAAAAGAGGCUAAAGGAGGGAGUAAUAAUCUGUCGACUUCAAAUGCUUCUACCUAUCCUCCAAAUGCUAUGGGGUUUAUUAAACUUUCUAAUUGUUUUAAAUUUUUUUAGAAAUCCAUCAAAUGCAAUUCCACCAUCGUCUGCCGGUUAUUACCAGCAUCAGAUACCGCAUCCUUCACUUUAUGCCCCUCGUUUUUCUCCUGGAAGUUUGCCGUCAUCUUCUGAUUAUGCUCAGGGAAUGUAUGGAGGCACCCCUAGAAUGCCACAACAACCACCACCAAUGUGGUCACCAUAUGGAGGAAUGCAAAAUCCUGCAGCUGUAGCUGUACGUUAUCACCAACAACCACCGACUGUUGGAACUCCAAUUAAUCGUUUUUCACAUCCUUAUUCACAACAAUCAACGUCUCAACAACAACCAAAUAUGCCUAUUGGGGCUGUGAAUUCCCCGCAACUUUUGGCUGCUUCACAGCCGCAACUACACCCGCAAAGUUCUGGCAAGCACCACACAAAAGGGAGGAAUGCAGGUCCUGGAAUGUUACCAAUAGCUCCAUCUGUUCCAGUUGCUGCCUACACGAAUCCACAGCCUCCCCAACAAUUCCCAGCUUGGUUUGGAUCGUCAACAUUAUCAGCACAACAACCUCCUUUUGGUCCUUAUACAUUAGAGGCUCAAGCAAUUACACACGUUCAACAACAACAAUCACAAAUACAGCAACAGCGAUAUAGGAGACCUAAAGUUUAUGCACGUGAUUUGCAAGGGGUCACCCCUUCACGUAUUAUUAUGGCUUUACGAAGUGCUUUACAUGUGGAAACAUGUUGGGCAUUAAAUGCAUUAAAUAUCCAAUUAUAUGAUGAUACAACUCCAAAUUGUUAUCCUUCAUUUUCACAAACACCUGAAUUUCUUAAUUUGUUGGUUGAACAUUUUGCUGCGGUGCUAAGCCUUUUAUUUCCUAAAAAUUUUGAUGAAAAUUUAUUAAAUUUUUCUUCAUCAAAAAUUUUGUCAAAACAAAAUUCUAUAACAACAAAAAAUUCAAAAAAUUUAACAACAAAUCAGCCAAAAAUCGAGCCAGUCUCUUUAAUGGUUCGCCCACCGCCUUUAUAUCCUUCGCCUUCAACUUCAUUUGCUAAUAUUGGAACAAAUAAUGUUUCUACUACAACACCUAAUUUUACUUUAGUUUCACGACUUGGACGGCAAGUGAAAUUAGACAUGACAACAGAAAUUCCGCCUGAAUUAGUUUUACAGUUAGAGAAGGUAGAAAAUGAAGAAACAUUUGAUGACGAGAGAGAAGAACAAAAUCAGAAUUUAGAAUAUUCAAAAACAACUUGGAGAACUGCUUUUAUAGAACGAAUAAGGCAAUCAAUGCUGGAUCACAUCAAUUCUCGUCAAUCAUUGUCUAAACUUGCCCCUCGCUUCAAAAAGGAAAAAAUUGAAGAAAAUAAUUUAGAAAAUGAAGAGAAGGAAAAUUUAAAAGAAGAUAAAUUUAAUAAAGAAGAUUCUGUUAAGAAGGAAAAAAUUGAAGAAGAAAAUGGGGAGAAUGAAAAUAAGAAGAAUGAAGAUGAUUCAACAACAACAAAAACAACAAUACCUUUCUUUUACAGAAAACCUCUUCAAUGGGAAAAUUGGGAUCGUUAUAGUAUGGAUGAAUGUUCUUUAAUAAGUAGACAACCUGUAUUGUGUAAUCAACGUUCUAUUACCUCUUCUGUUUCUUCAGCAGCAUUAACUCAAGAAUUGAUAGAUCGUUGUUUGGCUUUGUCAAAUAUUUUCCGUGGUUUUUCAUUUCUUGGUGAACAGAAAGUUUUGUCUCAGCAUGAAGGAUUGUUAAGGCUUUUGGCUGCUAUUUUGAUGCUUCAUUGUAGCGAUCAAAGUAGAAAACGAACACCUGGAGAGGCUCCUCGUCAAUUUUCUUUCCCUCGCCCUCCACCUGAGGAAUCAAUUAAAACUGAACCUGGUGAUAACAGCAAAUCUGUCGUUAGCAGCACAAGUAACACUUCUACUGUCCCCGCCGUCCCAGCAGAAAAAGAUACGCAAGAAAAAUGGUUGUUGGAAGUGGCGAACCAAUUACGUGAUGAUGCUUUUACUAUUCUUGCUCAUAUUUCUCCACAGUUGGACUUGUAUGAGGUUGACAGCGAAAUUUCUUUCCCAAUUUUCGAUGCCCUCCUCCAUUGGUCUGUCUGUACAGAUUUGGCAGCAAGGGAUCCAUUACCACCUUUUGGAGCUAUAUCCCCCAAACAUUAUGUAUUGGAAAUUUUCUGCAAAAUGAGUGUUCUUGAAAGAAAUAUCGAUCUUCUUUUGGCUACAGGGCCGUGGAGCCGUAUUGAAGAAUUUGUGAGACAACUUUGUUCAUUAAUUUGUGAAGAACCUCCAGUACGAGAAUUUGCCAUAGUUAUUUUGAAUGCUUUAUGUGCCGCUAGUGAACCUGUUUGUCAUGUUGUAACUGAUGAAACUUCAUUGUUGGAUCAUCUUGUUUCGUUUUUGGAAGCGGCAGAUGCUAACAUGACACAAAUUGCUCAACAUCAGGGCAUCCAUGCUUUAAGAGAAAAUCCUGAAAUUAUCGGAACUUCUGUUGGAAUGCUCCGUCGAUCAACUUUGAUUAUGACACAUAUUGUAAGGCAUGAACAAUGUCGAAAACAUUUUCAACGACUUCAGCAUCGUUUGCUGCAAUUUACUGUUUCACAUUUUAUGGAUUCACGAGUUGCGGCUAUGGUGUCUGACAUUCUUUAUGAAAUGCAAAAAGGAGAAAAUGGAGGAACAGGAGGGGAUCCAAAUAAUGAAGAACUUGUAACUUUAACUACAAAUAAAAGAACAGAAAAAAAUAUUGGAGAUGAACAACAGGAACAACAACAAAAAUCAUCUCCAAAAUUAUUAAAUGGGGGUGAAUCUAUAAAUGAAGGAGGGGGAAAUUCUAAUAAUUCUAACAAUAAUAAUAAUAAUAAUUGUGGUGUUGGGGGAUAUGGACAUCAAAUGGAUUUUAGUAAACAAAAAAUGGAAUUUCAAUCAUCUACUAGACAUUUUUCUCUCAAUUCUUCAGACGAUUUAACGUCAGCUUUAACUUUAGCAGCUCCAUCAUCUAUCUAUUCAACAUCUUACUCUACUCCACAUCACCAUCAGGCAACUUCUAAAACAGCUCUUUUAGCAUUAUAUAAUGGAGGAACAGAAAAUUGUUAUUCCAAUAAAAAUCCACAAGAAGCUCCAACAGAAAAUAAAGGAAUAAAAAUUAUUCCUUCAACACAACAAAAUGGGUGUGAUCCAUGGAUGUAUAAAAAUGAAAAUAAUAUAAUUAAUAAUUCUACGACAACAACAAAUAAUGAAACUCCAAUACCUAAAAAGAGGGGUAGAAAAAGACCAACAACAACAGAAACAACAACUGUAACUCCUUCCCCUAAAAAAAGUUGGUCUCAGAAAAGACAAACAAAUAAAAAAGUUCCGGAAAAUCCAACAAUGGAAAAUUCAUCGACAGACAACAAUACGUCAGUAAAUUCAAGUUUUUAAAUAAAUUGGUUAAAUGUUUGAAGAAAACAAGUUUAUUUUUAAUUUCAAACUUGUUUUCCGAAAAGUUUAUUUAAAACAAGUUUAUUUUAGCAUUUGUUUUCUUUAAAAUAAACUUUCCGGAAAACAAGCUUGAAAUUAAAUUAAACUUGUUUUCCUCAUAAUUUUUUAAAGUUUUUCAUUCCUCUUGCGUGUUUCCUCUUUUCCUUUUAUGUACAUAGUAAUUUAUUAUUAUUUUUUUGUUUCAAAUAUUUAUUAACUCCUAUUUCCUCAUAAAAAAUUUUCUACAAAAAAAUUGUUUGCUCAAACGCUUCGUAAACCCUUUUCCUCUAAAAAUCUGUGUG